ACCUCCGACGCCGCGCGUCCCGACCUGGACCCCCGCCCCGCGACGAUGGCUGCCGUACGCCGGGCCCGCAGUUACUGCCGCUGCCUGGUGCGCUUCUCCGACCGAGAACUCUGCUAAGCCGCGCUGCAGCCGACGGGCGGGAGCAGACACCGAGCAGCCGAGGAGGCAGCCGCGGGGAGCCGCGCCGAGGAGCCGCGGAGGCCGCCAGCAUGGCAGAAGCUGAGGAACAUUGUCACUCAGAUGCUGUCAGAGCAGGAGAUGAUAAAGAAAAUGAAAGCUCCACUGAGACAGAUCUUCAGGCACAACUCCAGAUGUUCCGAGCUCAGUGGAUGUUUGAACUUGCCCCAGGUGUGGGCACAAGCAAUUUAGAAACUCGACCUGGCAGAGCAACAAGAGGCUCUUUACUGAAAGCAGCAGACAGCAAAGGAAAGCAAGAACUGGCAAAAGAAGAAAAGGCUCGUGAACUCUUCCUAAAAGCAGUAGAAGAGGAACAAAAUGGGGCUCUCUAUGAAGCCAUCAAGUUUUAUCGUAGGGCCAUGCAACUUGUACCUGACAUAGAGUUCAAGAUUACUUAUACCCGGCCUCCAGAUGGUGAUGGCGUUGGAAACAGCUACAUUGAAGAUAAUGAUGAUGAUGACGAUGACGAUGAUAGUAAGAUGGCAGAUCUCUUGUCCUACUUCCAGCAGCAGCUUUCAUUUCAGGAGUCUGUGCUCAAAUUGUGUCAACCUGAACUUGAGAGCAGUCAGACUCACAUAUCAGUCCUACCAAUGGAAGUUUUAAUGUACAUCUUCCGGUGGGUAGUGUCUAGUGACUUGGAUCUCAGAUCAUUGGAGCAACUGUCACUGGUGUGCAGAGGAUUCUAUAUUUGUGCCAGAGACCCUGAAAUAUGGCGUUUGGCCUGCUUGAAAGUUUGGGGCAGAAGCUGUAUUAAACUUGCGCCAUAUACAUCUUGGAGAGAGAUGUUUUUAGAGAGACCCCGUGUUCGGUUUGAUGGAGUAUAUAUCAGUAAGACCACAUAUAUUCGUCAAGGGGAACAGUCUCUUGAUGGUUUCUAUAGAGCAUGGCACCAAGUGGAAUAUUACAGGUAUAUUAGGUUCUUUCCUGACGGCCAUAUGAUGAUGCUGACGACUCCCGAGGAACCUCAGUCCAUUGCUCCUCGCUUAAGAACUCGGAAUACCAGAACAGAUGCAAUUCUUCUGGGCCAUUAUCGCUUGUCACAAGAUACAGACAAUCAGACCAAAGUAUUUGCUGUGAUAACUAAGAAAAAAGAAGAGAAGCCACUGGACUAUAAAUACAGAUAUUUUCGCCAUGUCCCUGUACAAGAAAAAGAUCAGAGUUUUCAUGUGGGCCUACAGCUGUGUUCCAGUGGCCACCAGAGAUUCAACAAACUCAUCUGGAUACAUCAUUCUUGUCAUAUUACUUACAAAUCAACCGGUGAGACUGCAGUCACUGCUUUCGAAAUUGACAAGAUGUACACCCCCUUGUUCUUUGCCAGGGUCCGGAGCUAUACCGCAUUCUCUGAAAAACCUCUAUAGAGCCUCACAUCAGUCCUCUGUCACUGUUGCAUGAAUCGAAUCAAAGUAUAUAGAGCAACAGAGUACCUAAGUUAUAAAUGUAUAUACAUAUAUAUCAUAUAUAUAUAUAUAUGGAACUGAAACUUUAUUUUGCAUUGUUGGAGUUCUUUGAAGGAGAGUAUAAAAUUGAUUUUUUUUUAAUUUAAAGGGAUAUCUGACUCUUGGGAUGUUUUUGCUUUUAAGUUAAGAAGUUGAGAUUACAAGUUAUUUAAGCACAAGUAAGUUAUGGGAAAAUAAAAAAUAACCCAUUACUAUGAGGUUUAAGUUAUAACCCUUUCUAAGCAGGUUUCUGAGCAGUUUCCCAUCACAUCAGUCCUCUUCUGCCUGAUCAUUGCCAGAUUUUAUGUUUGUCAGUGGAAAGAACCAUUGGAGAAGCGUUUAUUUCACGCAUGAUGUAACGUCUUUGUAUUAAAGCCUCAAAAUGUCAAAAAUCUGUUUUGGAUUUUGUUUGAAACUGUUUGACCAAUAAAGAUCAUAAAUAAAUGUUUCUUUGAAGAAAAUA